AUGAGUGUCAGGGUGCUGCAUAACCAUGCUGACAUUGUUGAACUUGCUUGCUCUAAUGCUCCUUUUCUGUCUGCUUACAGUUUGGUGGACACCCUUCCACCUCAUCUUGAGGCCAGCAACCUGGACCCUUCACUAGAUCUUGAUGAACUCCCUGAAGACAUCACCCUGGCUCAAACUGCUUCUACCUGGAAAUACAUCAUACAGUUUCAAGCUCAACAGAAACAGCACUAAGUGUAUAAACUUCCCACUAUACUGUUGAACAUAGAUUCAUUGUGUUAUGUAAGCUAAUUUUAAUUUUGUAAUGACUGUAACUAGUUAACAUUACCAUUAUUACAUGCAUGUAAAGGUGCUCAUGUUUGUUCAACUGUGCAGGUAUUACAGUAUAGCAAAGGACCC